AUGAAAUCUGUAGCAGAUCCUCAAAAUUAUGGUGAUGAAGUACCUGCUGUAGCUCUGUUGUUUCCUGAAAAAUUUUCACAUAUGGGAUUAUCAGAAUAAGAUUUUUUAAGAUUAAGAACAAAAAAAGAAAUUAAAGAUAUUUUUGAAUCAAUUGGAAUUAAAUAUGGUUUUGGAAAAUUUGAAGGCAUAUUUAAAAGAGCAAAAUAAAUUCAAAAUAAAAAUGAUGAUAAAGUAUCUGUAAAAUCCUUUUAAUUAGCAGUAUAGGAGAUGCAUUACAUUGAUUGA